AUGGAGCCAACCGAAGGAACCCCGAUCGGCAUCAAAAUCUACACCACAACCCCACAAGACUACGACACCAACGCCGCCGCGCCGCCUUACCCCUCCGACCCAACCUCCUCCUCCACCAUUGCCGCGGCGCCUCGGGAACCGGGACGCAAGCGACGCGUGGUGGCGAAGGGCGUGCAGAAGACGCUCUCAAAGACCUCCAUGCUGGCCAACUUCCUCCCAACCGGCACUCUCCUUACCUUUGAGAUGGUCCUCCCCGCGAUCUACCGCAACGGCGGCUGCUCCGCCGUGACCACCGCCAUGGUCCACGUACUCCUCGGCCUCUGCUCCCUCUCCUGCUUCUUCUUCCACUUCACCGACAGCUUCCGCGGCCCCGACGGCAAGGUCUACUACGGCUUCGUCACCCCCAAGGGUCUGGCCGUCUUCAAGCCUGGUCUCGACGUCGAGGUUCCAAAGGACGAGAGGUACAAGCUUGGACUUACGGACUUUGUCCAUGCGGUCAUGUCGGUCAUGGUGUUCGUGGCGAUCGCGUUCUCCGACCACCGCGUGACGGAUUGUCUGUUUCCCGGCCACCAGAAGGACAUGGAUGAGAUCAUGGAGAGCUUUCCGUUGAUGGUUGGGAUUGUUUGCAGUGGAUUGUUCCUCGUGUUUCCCACUACGAGGUAUGGGAUUGGUUGCAUGGCUUCCUAA